AUGAAGCAAGGGCACCGCGACAGGUGGCUGCAGCCGCUCAACGACACCUUGUGCUCGCAUGCCGAGGAGGAGCGUCUGGUGGGGCCGGCUCUGUUGCUGUGCGCGCUGGCUGGCGCGGCCGUGGCGCAGGUGACGGACCGUCCCACCACCACCACCACCCCGGUGCCGAUCCUGAAGCAGGUCAACCGCGUCAACGACGACGGCUCCUACACGUACGGCUUCGAGGCGGCUGACGGCUCGUUCAAGCUCGAGACGCGCGACGUGAACGGCGAGGUGACGGGCAAGUACGGCUACGUCGACGCCAACGGCCAGCAGCAGGUGUUCGAGUACAACGCGAACAAAGGCUGCCGGCUUCAGCCCGAGCUCGAGCCUGAUCCCGCAGCCCGCCACCGGGCCUGCCUCAGGCCUCUACCAGCCAGGUGGCGCCCGGCACCUUCGUCGGCGACAUUGACGUCGCGCUCGACGGCUACAGCGAGGACCUGGACGAGGACGGCUUCGUUGACCCGAUCCCGACCGGGCUGCAGCGGGCGCUUCUUCCGACCCGUCCAGGGCUUCGACGCGCGCGGAGUGGUCAACGGCUUCCAGCCAGUGCCGCUUAACGGCUAG